UCCUUGGAAAGACUUCCCGCCGCGCCCGUGUAGCUUGAUCGCAGCUGCGUACCAAGCCUGGAUCCUCGCUCUGACGUCGACAUCGACCGGGUCAUGGCCGUGGCUACCAUCUCGGAAGAAUUCGAGACCGCCGCUUCCCGGGAACCAGCGGAGAUUAAAGAUGAUUCCGCGGAUGGCGAUGGUCGACGCAAGAGCUCGACCAGCGCCGGCAGCGACGACACGCGCGGCAAGUUCGGCAGUCGCAUCGAGUCGCUUCUCUACUGCAUCGGCUUCGCUGUCGGCAUCGGCGACGUCUGGCGGUUCCCCAUCCUGGUCUACCAGAAUGGAGGAGGCGCCUUCUUCACAGCCUACGUGAUCGUCAUGAUCCUGGUCGCCAUUCCCCUGUUCACCAUGGAACUGGCGCUCGGUCAGUUUUCCAGCCUCGGACCGAUUGCGGUGUGGAAGUGUCUACCGGUGGCUCAAGGCAUCGGCGUGGCCAUGGUGGUGAUGUCCCUGCUGGUGGCCAUCUACUACAACGUCAUCCUCUGUUACACACUCUACUACCUGGCACAGUCCUUCCGGUCCGUGCUGCCCUGGGCAGACUGCUACGAGUGGUGGGGCGCCGACCCGGAGACGUGCUACGUGCGAUACAGCAACCACACGAAAUGCAGAGACGUUCCAGAGGUGCUGUGGCGGACGUACGGCGGCUUCAACAGCAGCAGUAACACAAGCAUCAUCAGCACUGAUCUCUUUUCCUCGAGUGACGUAGUCUGGCUGACGUCAGCAGUGCACGGCGUCAACUUCUCGGUGCCCGCGGAGGCGUUCCAGACCAUCAUGGCCAACUGCUCGAACGCCACUCAGACGGCGGCAGAACAGUUCUGGGAGAAGUACGUCUUGGACCUGUCCCCGAACAUUGAAGAGGUUGGCGGCAUCAAGUGGGAUCUCUGCCUCUGCCUCUUCGUCAGCUGGCUCAUCGUCUUCUUCUGCCUCAUUCGCGGCGUGUCCUCAUCGGGAAAGGUUGUGUACUUCACGGCGACCUUCCCGUACGUGGUGCUGCUCAUCCUGCUCGUUAAGGGCGUCACCCUGAGCGGCUCCGGGCAGGGCAUCGCCUACUUCCUCGUGCCGGACUUCUCGAGGCUUACCGACCUCAACAUAUGGAGGCGAGCGACGGAGCAGGUCUUCUACUCGCUGGCGAUCUCGUGGGGAGGCCUCAUCAUGUCCGGAAGCUACAAUCCAUUCCGAUACGCCAUUCACAUUGACGCUUCGAUCGUGGUGGUUGCCGACCUGAUCACAAGCUUGCUCGGCGGCAUCGCCAUCUUUGCCGUGCUGGGCCACAUGUCCCUCGAACUGCAGGUGCCCAUCGAGGAAGUCGCCAAGGCCGGUCAAGGCCUGGCCUUCGUCAUCUACCCCGAGGCCCUCACUACUUUCUGGUGUCCGCAGCUGUGGUCCUUCAUCUUCUUCUUCAUGCUCUACCUGCUCGGAAUAGACAGCGAGUUUCCGCUUCUACAGACGACGCUGACCGUACUGUCGGACACAUUUCCCGUGCUUCGCAAGUAUCGCAGCAUCACCGCUUUCGUCGCCUGCAGCACAUGCUUUAUCAUCGGCCUCUCGUGCGUCACUCAGGGCGGUCAGUACGUGCUGAACCUGCUGGACACCUACUGCGCCGGCGUGUCUGCACUGUUCAUCGCCAUGUGCGAGGUCAUGGCACUCAUGUGGCUGUACGGUGUACGGCGUUUCUCUAACGACAUCAAGUUCAUGCUGGGAAAGACUCCUCCGUGGAUCUUCCGCUUCAGCUGGGCAUUCUUGUCGCCCUUCAUCCUAUGCGUUCUAGUGGUGUACGGCCUAGUCAUGGCUGCCCCCGUCAUGUACAACAACGUCGAGCCGUAUCCGGCAUGGGCCAACAGGGUCGGCUGGUUCUUCGCCUCAUUGUCCAUGAUCCAGAUCCCACUCUGGGCGGGAGUGGCACUCUUCAGGGCCCGAAAGAACAUUCGCUCGGCGUUCGAGCCAACGGACACGUGGGGUCCUGCGGAAAAGAAGCUUCUCCAGGAGUACCGAGCAACGGUGGCCAACGCCAAGGACAGGACUUGCAAUGUGGCGCUACGGACUGUGUCCGCCAACGGAACGGCGGCUUAACUUAUUUCAUUCCCGGUGGUUGAUCGGGACUGAUAGUAUGUUCGGCUCACUCGGGCUAGGCCGCAUCGUGUAGAUUCGUUUGUUUCUGUGUCGCGAAACCAAUACUGAAUAGCUCAUUAACGCAGAGCUCACGGAGGAAUGCGCACUCCACCCUUGCGAGGAUCAAGGGCUAGGUUGUUGCGCCGUUAAUUUCAAAGACGUGUUUUUAAGUAGAUGUUGACUGAGAGUGACUCUCUUCAAACAGGUCUUUAUCCGAACCGCAAAUGGGAUGGCGGUAACAGUUGUUAAGGCGAAAGCCUUAGAUGCCACAUCAAACGCGAAAAGUGACCGUCGGCGUCAACACGAGUGAUGCAAAAAAUCAUCACGCGGUGAGAUGAGGUGAUCAUCACAUGUCGUACAAUCGACUGAGAAAAAAAGUAAGUGACGAUGUUGUUGGGAAGUUGCACGAGGCGUUUACAUUGUGCUAAACAAGAAGACACUUGGCAACUGUUCAGACGACGGAGUCCUUUAAUUUAUUUAUUUUCUGACAGCCGUAUUCUUUGCUGAAGGACUGCCGCGUUUCAGCCUCACGAAGUUUGAGCCUAGAGUGUACUUUAAGCCAGUGGUUCUCAGCCGUCGAUGUGUCGGGGACCCCCUGUGGAGCGGUCGACGUCAUGGCGGACCCCUUGGUGCGACGAACCAGGGGAGGGGAACGCGCUCGCUACCGCAUUAAAAGGAAGACAGAACAUGCGAAGAAAAUGCAGCGCUAUUGCGGCUCAUGUUCUUGUUGAGAAUGUUGGUGCAGUUCCUGGAGCAGGACUUGGAACUGGAAAUAGGUCAAAACUCGCCAAAAAACGUGUUUUUUUUUUUUUGCGGGCGAUGGCGUCGCGAAACCCCUAAAACGUCUCCGCGGGACCCCAUUUGAAAACCACUGCUCCAAGCCAUCAAAGCACGUCGCCGCCAUGUUAGCGCUUAGGGCGCCAUCUGUUAAGAGAGUCACAUUCCGAGUAUAGCCUCUGGGAUCUACGGCGUCCGCAAGUGCGCCUGGAGAUCUCGGGGGCUUUGUUUUUCAUCUCUCAUAUGCUACGCAUCACGAAAGCGGUGGAGAGAACCCCGUGUAGCGAAACGCUCACCGAAUGCCUUGGUUAUGCUCCCAGAAUCUCGUUUCGAGAUUUGCAUUGCACUGUGUUCAUAGUCACUCCAUAGCUUAUUCGCAUUUCUGACAGGUGGCGCCACUGGCCUAUGUAAAUAUGGCGACGUCCUUUAUGGUCAUUAAGCAUCGACUGGCAACAUGUCGUUUAUCCUGAAAUCAUACGCACUUGUCCAUCUCUUAGGGCUAGUCGGGUGAUACUUGCGCGAUUGAUCGCAGCCGAAUGAAAUGUGAAUACUUCGCCGCUUGCAGAACCAAAUGAAUCUACACGAGCUGUUUCGAAAGCCUUGAAAACGAACGAGCCCCACGAACGUCUUUUGUGAACAUGUAUACGUUCCUCAUAUUGUACGGUGGACGAAGUCCGCAACCUAAGAUUCUGAGUGAUCUUCAAGCAUCCUGUAUGUCGAAUGAACUUGUUCGAUCGUCAUUGAGAUGCGAGACAGAAGAAAGAACACGCACUACUGUGCAGCUGCCGUCGUCGAAAAAAAAAACGAAACGGCGGUAAAAUUGAGACAAGCGGAACUAAGAAAAACCGGGAGAGUGGGAUUCGUGAAUCCUGGAUGUCCGCGAUUGCAUUGAUGCCACUGUUUACAGAGAAAUGUUAUUCGUCGAGUCUGCGCCGAGCUGGCUGAUGUUCGUCUGCGUUUAGUGCAUAUGUAUACUAUCAUCGUAAUGCUAAACUUAUAGAUGUCUUUUUCUGAACUCUAGCAUGUACAUGCAUAUCUCUGCCUGUAAGCAGAGUUGGGCCUGUCUUUAACAUUCUAUGAAUGUUUCGCUCUUUCUUUCGGAAAACCCAUUUUUGAUACGCCGUGAUUCCAGCCUCCGUCUUAAAGUGUACACGAUCUUCAUUCACGUAGGACCACAACACUUUUGUUACGUUGUUUUUUUUUCGG